AUUUCAACAAAGCAUAAAUAUCCCGCCUCUUCUCUCUGCAACUCAACGUUCAAAAAAGAAAAGACAAUGGCCGAGAAGAUCUGCGUUGCAGUGAGACUAAGACCUCCGAUCUCCCAUGAAACUUCUUCUGGAACUUUCUGGAGAGUCGAAGACAAUCGUAUCUCUCUUCACAAACUUCACGGCACCCCUAUUUCGGGCAUUUCUUAUGCUUUCGAUUAUGUAUUCGAUGAAACUUGCUCUAAUGGAAAGGUUUAUGAGCUUCUUACGAAGGAUGUUAUUCAUGCCGCUGUCGACGGCUUUAACGGGACUGCAUUUGCGUACGGACAAACGAGCAGUGGCAAGACAUUCACUAUGAAUGGUUCCCCGAACAAUCCAGGAAUUAUCCAUCGAUCAGUUAACGAUAUAUUUCAGAAAAUACAGAUGAUUUCUGAUCGAGAGUUUCUGAUCCGAGUUUCCUACAUGGAAAUUUAUAAUGAAGAAAUUAAUGACCUUUUCGCGGUACAGAAUCAUAAAUUGCAGAUUCAUGAGAGUCUGGAGCGUGGGAUUUUUGUCGCGGGUCUUAGAGAAGAAAUUGUGAGCAAUGCUGAACAAGUGAUAAAGCUCAUAGAGUCAGGAGAAGUUAAUAGGCAUUUUGGUGAGACAAAUAUGAAUGCACGAAGUAGCAGGUCUCAUACAAUAUUCAGAAUGGUAAUAGAAAGCAAGGGAAUUGAUUCACGCCCUUUCGGUGAUUAUUCAAGCAGUGAUUCAAUACGUGUCUCGGUUUUGAAUUUAGUAGAUUUGGCUGGUUCUGAGAGGAUUGCUAAAACUGGUGCUGACGGAGUACGUUUGAAGGAAGGAAAGUAUAUUAACAAGAGCUUAAUGGUUCUUGGUAAUGUAAUUAACAAACUUAGUAAUGGUGCGAAACAAAGGGCACAUAUUCCGUAUCGUGAUAGUAAAUUAACCCGCAUACUCCAAACUGCUCUAGGUGGGAAUGCCAAAACUUCAAUUAUAUGCACUUUAGCACCAGAAGAGGUUCACGUUGAGGAAACCAAGGGAACUCUUCUGUUUGCUAGCAGAGCUAAACGCAUCACAAAUUGCGCCCAAGUUAAUGAGAUUAUGACUGAUGCAGCCUUACUUAAAAGGCAACAGUUAGAGAUAGAGGAGUUGCGCAGGAAGCUUCAGGGGUCUCGUUCUGAAGUGCUGGAACAAGAGAUAUUAAAGCUAAGGAACGACAUGCUUAAGUAUGAACUAGAGCGUGAGAAGCUUGAAAUGGAACUGGAAGAGGAAAGAAGAUCACACAAAGAACGAGAACAGCACAUUAGAGACCAGCAGCUGAAGAUUGAAAACCUAAGUAGUCUGGUUUCAGAUGGUGAUAGAAGUUCUAGUCAGGAUUCCAGGAAAGAAAGCCCAAAAGAUGACUGUAACGAUAGAGGAGAUGAUUUUAAAACUCCUUGUUUUAAAGCUGCUGGCAACGCCUUUAUUGCCAUGAGAUCAAAUAAUUCACAGUUGCCAGAUUUCAGUCCUCUUCCAGAUUCUUUUAGCAAUGUAGCUGAUGAGGACACUUGGUUCAAAAUGAAUAAAGGCUACAUUGCAGACCUUGAUUCACUUCAGAUGACUUCCGCAAGAAAAGUUCAAUCGUUUCCACCACAAGAUAUAGCUCCUGAUUGCUCAAAUGAUAACUACAAAGAAGAACUCCAAAAUCUCAAGAGACAGCUAGAACUUGUCAUCGAAGAGAAGAAUAAACUCGAGAGAAAGCAUGAAGAAGAAACACAAUUAAACGGUAGAUUAAUGGUUGAAAGAUGUGAACUUAAACAAGAGUUAGAUGCCAGUAAAAACAUGCUGGAGGCUUCUAAAGAAAGCUAUGGUAGCUUGGAAAGAGAGUUUCAGCUGUUGAAAGAAGAACGAGACUCGUUGCAGAAAUCGUUGUCUGAAUCAUCUCAGAAGCUCAUGGUUGUAACUAAUCAAAAAGAAAACAUUUUGAAGGACUUGAACUCGGAAGUACAAAGAAGGAAAGAUCUGGAAGCGGAGAUUAAACAAUUCAGUGUUGCUUUCGCUUCUCGACAUAGAUCACUUGCGUCAAUUCACGGUGAGUUCAAAUCUAAAAUCGAGAAAAUGAGAGCUGAAAAUCCAGUUCCCCUGCACAAAUCUCUACAGUAUUAAGGCAAUUCAAUUUCUUUUUCUCCUUCGUUGGCAUGGCUGCUUGCCAUUCUC